AUGCAGCAGCAGCAGCAGCAAGCGGGGGGACUCGGAGAACAGCAGGCACAGACCCAGCAGGAAGUGAAAGUAGAUAGCUCCAGAGACACAAUUGCAAGCAAGCGAGAGACUUCAAAAGGGCCUGAGCCAACAGCAGCAGCAGCAGCAGCAGCUCCAGCAGCAGCAGCAGCAGCACCAGCACCAGCAGCAGCACCAACGGCAGGAGAGGCAGCUGCUGCUGGAGCAACAGCAGCCGCUGCAGCUGCUGCUGCAGACGGCCCCCCAAGCGCGGCUAAGCCGAAAAAGCGUAUGAGCAACGGCUCCAGCAGAAGCAACAGCAGCAAAAGCAGCCGCAGCAGCAGCAGCAGCAGCAGCAGGCGGUUCGUGCACCUGGAGACGCGUCUUCAGCGGGUGCGGCGCAGCAGGAGGCUGGAGGCAGAGCAGCAGCAGCUGCAGCAGCAGCAGCAGGAGCUGCUGCAGGAAGAGACUGUCCAGCAGCAGCUCCAGUGGAGCCCUUUCAGAGACUCUAGUUUAGGAGCUGCUUCUUCGUCUCCAGAGACAGGAGCGCAGCCUGCUGAUCCCCCGAAGCCGGCCCAGCCAGAGGUCGAGCAGCAGCAGCAGCAGCAGCAACAGCAGCAGGAGUGGCCUGUUGCAGUUGCUGUUUCCUGUGAUGGCGUCGAAGAGCCCACAGAGCUGCUGAGGCCCCGCAACUGCAAGUUUGUCGAUGAUGAUGACUGCAGCCCACGAGUUGCAGCAGCAGCACCAGCAGCAGCAACAGCAGCAGCAGCUCCUGAUUCUGAAAGCAGCGAAGGGGAAAACCUGGGGGCUGCUGUGCUGCUGCAAGCAGCAGCAGCAACAGCAGCAGCAGCAACAGCUCCUGCCCCUUUGAGGCGCAAACGCCUCCGCUGCAGUGACUCACAGCGGGAGUCCCCGGAGAAGCGACUGCAGCAGGAGCAGCCGCAGCAGCAGCAGCAGCAGCAGCAGCAGGACUCUGUUGAGAAGAGUCUGGGGGCCCCCGAAACAGCAGCAGCCCCAUCGGCACACCGCUUAAGGGGCCCCUCAGGGGGCCCCUCUUCAGGGGGCCCCCCAGCAGGGGGCCCCACAUCGGGGGGCCCCACAAUGGAGACAAGGAGACAAAGCCAUGCAACAGCGAGGCCCCGCAACUGCAUGCUGCAGCAGCAGCAGCUGAGAUUGCAGCAGCAGCAGCAGCAGCUGAGAUUGCAGCAGCAGCAGUGGAAGUUGCAGCAGCAGCAGUUACAGAUUCUGUUGGGGCUUUGCAGCAAAAGCGCAGCAGCAGCACCUUCUGUUGCUCGAAUACACAAAUCCAGGCUGCUGCUGCUGUGCACUGCUGCUGCUACUGCUGUUGCUAAGCACUGCUGCUGCUGCUGCUGCCGCUGA